GAGAUUUUUUUAUCCCAAAAAACGAGAAAAAGUAACCGACUUUUUUUUUAAAAGUAUUUAAUUUUUGUAUACUAACGUCAAUGUAUAGAGGCACUGUAUGUGUGUACAUACAAACACAAGUACGGAGGAUUUAGUUACACGUCUACAUACGUCACUCUUAUUAUGCUGUAUUAUGUUUAAAUAUCCCAUCUGGAGCAUCUGCUAUAGUAUUUUAUUAUAUAUUACGAUUGUGUAUAUUAAUACGAUUUAAAAAAUUAUCAGUGAUCUGACAGUUGUGCGUGUGUAAAGUUUAUUCGUAUCUUUGUCAAAAAAAAAAAAAAAGAAAACAGAAUAUCCUGACAGUAAACAAUCAAUAUAAACGAAUAACAUGUGGAACGAGAGAAAUUAGAAAAAAAAAUUGACGUAAAAUUAAAAAGAAGAUAGAUUUUUUCUAAACGCGAAUUGAAAAAUGGAAAUUGCCAAGUCUCUUUUACAAGUUAGAAACCAUGAAGGUUAUGUUGGCAGAGACGAUCAUAAAAAAAAAGUGGAAACUGCUGUCUCAGAUGAUGAAUAUGAAUUGGAAGGAGCAGGAUUAUCGGGAGAAGUCUUAUCACCUGCACCAGGAGGUCCUUUCUCUGCUCUAACACCGUCAAUGUGGCCUCAGGAUAUUUUAGCAAAAUUAAAUCAACCUGACGAUCCAAAUUCUCAACCAGAGUACAGAUUUGACGAAUUUGGAUUUCGCGUGGACGAGGAAGAUGGACCAGAGCAAAGUUCAAAAAAAUUAUUAGGUGUCCCUUUCGUUGAAGAUCCUCAGCAUAGAUUGCAGUGGGUGACACUUUUAGAAUUCAGUCACAAUAAAGAAGUGUCGGAAUUAUCAUGGCAACAUGUUGACAGAAGACUACCGAGAAGUGAUAAAUUACGUGAAAUGGUCCAUCAAGGAAUUCCACAUUCACUUCGACCACAAAUUUGGAUGCGAAUGUCAGGGGCUUUGCAAAAAAAGAUUUCAUCAGAAACUACCUAUCGAGAUAUUGUAAAAGCCUCGAGUAAUGAUGCUUUAAUGACAAGUAAACAAAUAGAAAAAGAUUUACUUCGUACAAUGCCAGCAAAUGCGUGUUUCAGUCAUUUACACAGCACUGGAAUACCAAGAUUAAGAAGAUUAAUGCGAGGUCUUGCCUGGCUUUAUCCAGAAAUUGGAUAUUGUCAAGGAACUGGAACAAUAGCAGCGUCAUUAUUAUUAUUACUUGAGGAGGAAGAUGCAUUUUGGAUGAUGGCAACAAUAGUCGAAGAUUUAUUACCAGCUUCUUAUUAUUCCUCAACGUUAUUAGGAUUACAAGCAGACCAAAGAGUACUUCGAACAUUAGUGUCAAAUUACUUACCGGAUAUUGAUCAUGUUCUUGUUCAACAUGACAUUGAAUUAAGUCUCAUAUCGUUGAAUUGGUUUCUCACUUUAUUCGCCUCAGUUGUACAUAUGAAAAUUCUUCUUAGAAUUUGGGAUCUUUUUCUUUUCGAUGGAUCCAUUGUUCUUUUUCAAGUCACACUUGGAAUGCUGAAAAUUAAAGAGGGUGAAUUGAAGCAAGUGGAAAAUUCAGCACAAAUUUUCAAUGCCUUAUCGGAUAUUCCUGGUGACAUUGACGAUGUUGAUCAAUUAUUUAGGGUAUCUAUGGAAGUCAGUGGAUCGUUGACUGAUGUUUUAGUUGACACACAUCGAAGACGUCAUUUGGCAUAUUUAAUGGUCGAUCAAGGUGGAUUGGUGGGAAAUCCAGAUGCAACGCCAAAUUUACCAAAACAACAUUUAAAUCGUCGUCAAAUGAAAAGAAGUAAAUCUGUCAUUCAAACAAUUUUAUUUGGCAAUGACGAUUCAGAGGACGAUGUUAAAUGUAAAAAUAUCCGUCAAACUGAACUUUUAGUGGAUCUAAGAGAAGCGAUUUUACAAGUAGCGCGACAUUUUAUGAAUCUUGAUCCAAAAUUAAGUAAUUUAUCAUUAGUCGCUGAUUAUACGAUGGAGAGUCACGCUAAAGAUCACGAUAAUUAUGUGAAUGUUUCCCGAAUUCGAAAAAGAAGAGCAAAAGCUUUAUUGGAUUUCGAACGACAUGAUGAUGAUGAAUUAGGUUUUCGAAAAAAUGACAUAAUCACGAUAAUUAGUCAAAAAGACGAGCAUUGUUGGGUGGGAGAAUUAAAUGGACUUCGAGGUUGGUUUCCGGCAAAAUUUGUGGAAUUAUUGGAUGAGCGCAGUAAACAAUAUACAUGCGCAGGUGAUGAUACAGUGAGUGAAGCAGUUACGGAUUUAGUGAGAGGAACUUUGUGUCCGGCAAUAAAAGCAGUUUUAGAACAAGGAAUGCGAAAACCAAGUUUUUUAGGUGGACCUUGUCAUCCAUGGCUUUUUAUUGAGGAAGCAUCAACGCGAGAAGUUGAAAAAGAUUUUGAUUCUGUUUAUAGUCGAUUGGUUUUAUGUAAAACUUAUCGACUCGAUGAAGAUGGAAAAGUUCUCACACCGGAAGAGAUUACCUUGUCAACAUUUCAGCUGCUUUAUCGUUGUGUACAAUCAAUUAAUUUGAGUCAUGACAAUGCACACGCUCAAAUGGAUGUUAAAUUACGUUCUCUCAUUUGUCUCGGUCUCAAUGAACAAGUUCUUCAUCUUUGGCUCGAAGUUUUGUGCUCCUGCGUUGAAAUUGUACAAAAAUGGUAUCAACCUUGGAGUUUUGUCAAUAGUCCCGGUUGGGUUCAAGUAAAAUGUGAAUUAAGAAUACUCAGUCAAUUUGCUUUUAAUUUGAAUCCUGAUUGGGAAUUGCCACCAAAGAAGGAACAAUCUCAACCAUUGAAAGACGGAGUUCGUGACAUGCUUGUGAAACAUCAUCUCUUUAGUUGGGAUUUAUAAAAAUAAUAUUUUUUUGAAUAUUUUAAAUAACUACUAUUCAAAGAACUUCUUAACGCCAAAGUUUACAAAAAGCAAUUGACUAAAAUAUUUUAUAAAAAAUUAGAAAAUUUUUAAAUAUUUCACUGAAUUUUUACAAAUGUUUAAAUGUAAAAAUAUUAUUCCCUUUUUUUUAAAUAGAAUAAUUAAACAUUUUUAAUAUACAAAUACAAAGAAAUAAAAUAACGUAUACAAU